GUUGUUUAACAUAGCCAACGUUUGACCUGGUAUUUAUUUACGUAUGAUUGACAGACCACUCCCCUCUAAACACGUACUACUGGAAUCCGUACGGGAUGUUCCUUGUUUUGCCAAUAGGCUUCCUGGGAUUACAGGUGUUACUGAGGGUAGUUAGGGAACGAUUGAUCAGCCAUUUUGAAUACAAUAAACGAUGUUAACACGAAAAUCAGCGGUAAGCCAGUGUUGUUGAAUAGCUUGGGUUUAUAAUCAUUCAAAGGGGUGAUUAUUUAGAUGGCAUCAAACAGCACCUGUUACGCCUUUACAUUAACGUCAAAUCGAUACCAUACACUUUACAUGGGUUGGCUCCUCUAGCGACAGGACAGGCAGCUAACAACCAGCCCUCACAGGUCACCAGCCAUUUGCAAUGGGGUAUUCUGUCAUAUUUGUUUUGACUUCAAUCCUCAUUGUGGGUGUCACAGCACAGAAACCGUGUGCAGCCGUGGUGUUCGAAACCAUCGACAAGGACAGCAGUGGAUACAUAGACGUGGACGAAUUUAAACUGUGUUUUACUGAAAAAGGGAAGAAAGACAUCGAUAGAAACGAAUUCAUGAAGGCUAUAAAGGAUCAUAAAUUUGAAACGUGUGGACUUGACCCAGCCUAUGUUUUUAAGUUUUUGUCCAAAAAACAAAAUAUCAUGCACCUGGAAGAAAUAUUCUGGCAAGAAUAUGACUCGAAUGCUGAUAAAACGAUCAGCCUUGAUGAAUUCCAGUCCGAACAUUAUAACAUAUUUGUUAAAUGGAUGAGCGAAAAUAUUGUAUCAUUUGGAGGAUUCUAAAGAAUAAGAGGAAGUGACGUCAUAAGAAGUUCGGCUCUGAGACAUGUGACCUAUAUUAAAGAGCAUA